AUGAAGUUGACAGAAACUUUCUUGUCACAGGUUGCCUUUCAAAUGGUCAUGCGCCCUGCUUCCUUCGAUAUAGCCGAUGAUCCAACCCUUCUAUCGCGUCUAAAACCACUUGUUGAUAUUGUCGACUCGGCCUCCAAUACGUUCGAAACUCAAAUUCCAUGGCUACCCACUGUCUCUUCGCUUCGCAAGAUUUUAUCUUCUGCUCGCAUAUACGGUAUUAUCAAAAAAGAGAUCCACAAGAGAAAAAGCAGUGGAAUUCAGAGAAGAGAUGCCCUCCAGCAGAUGCUGGAUGAUGGAGAGAGUACAGUUCAUAUAUUAGGGUUCAUGCUAGGUCUCUCUCUAGCUGGAGCCCGUGCCAUGGGAAAUACAGUAACAUGGCUGAUCAUGUAUCUUUCCUCUGAUCCGCGAUGGUCUUCCGCUGUUCAAAAAGAGAUCGAAUCUCUGAUCUCAACACAUGCCGCCUCUAUCCCCGACCAAACUCAGACCGAAACCCUCUCAUCCAUACCCCUGAGAGCCUGGGAAACCCAAACACCCAUGCUGGAUCUCUGUAUCCGCGAAACCCUACGUAUCGCCCAACCCUACACAGCUGUACGGAAAAACGUCGGCCCAGAAAUAACAAUUGGACCCUACACCAUCCCUUCAGGGGCUUCAGUUGUCUACCCGUUCUCAGAUACAUCUAUCAACCCCAACGAUUACCCCGAUCCAAUGCGCUGGGACCCCUCUCGGGAAUUCCAGGGGGAAUUUAUUGGCUGGGGCGCCGGGAAACAUGCGUGCAAGGGCCAAAGACUCGGAACUCUAAGUUUGAAACUCUUGGUUUCUUCUGUCUUAAUGAGGUAUGGGAUCACCAUGGAGAUUCAAGGUCCCCCGGUUCCGGAUUGGAGCUCUGCAGCCUGUCGACCCAUGGAAAAGUGUGGAAUCAAGCUUGUUGCCAAAUCAGAGUAG